CCACUCGCUUCUCUGUUCCAGUGUGUUUACUACACUGCCGAGCAUUAGGGAGACACUCGUCUUCACAUGCACUGAACCCGCGAAUAAAAGCCGCUUUAGUUGUGUUUGUGAGAAAACCUCAAAGAAUUCACCAUGCCCAAGAGAAAGGCACAAGGAACAGAAGCAGGAGAGAAGGAAGAGCCCCAGAGGAGAUCGGCCCGGUUAUCGGCGAAACCGGCCCCACCUAAGCCGGAGCCAAAGGCCAAGAAGGCAGCAAAGAAAGAAAAGGCUGUGAAUGACAAGAAGGAGGACAAGAAGACCAAGAAGGCAAAGGAGAACGCCGAGGCAGAGGCCAACGAGGAGAACCACUCUGAGAACGGAGAGGCCAAGACCAACGAGGUGGAAGCAGCCCCCGAGGAGGCCAAGGAGGAGGCCAAGUCCGAGUAGCACCACUGCCCAACUGUUCCCCCUCCUCGACGGCCCACCUCCCCACACACCCAGCCAGCCAGCCGGUCCUCCCUGCCCUCCUCAAGUCUCACACGGUUUCCCUCCAAGGCGUAUUGUUAACAGAGGAAUAUUUUUAUCAAUGAUUUUAUAAGUAUCCGUACAGAUUUUUAGCACAAAAAAAAAGCUGAACAUGGAGCGCCUUGCAGAUUUGCAGUGAUCAUAUCAAAGUGUCUGCAAGAGAAACACACUAAAAUCUUUUUUAAAAGGCAUUUUAUGAUUGAAGGCUCGUUUUGGUGUAGGAAAAAAAAAAGACGCGUUAUCCCCCUGUCGGAUUGGCCAUGUCGUGAGUUGUGUAUUACUGUGUUUUUUGCCCCCCGCCCUACCUACCCCCCCCCCGCUCUGUCCUUCAUCCUCCACAGAUUAGACCCCCCCCCCCAUACAGCUCAGCUUUUCUCCAUGUUUUAUUAACGGUUCAGCCAUGUUAAUGUGAUUCUUUUAGACCUCUAAAUGUGCAGUGACUUCUUCCCUUCGCUUCCGUCUCAUGGUCUCGUUUCCCCUCCAUUUUUUUUUUUUCCAUUGAUAUUGCAAACAUUAAACGUGUGUUUUGUCCAAAAAGAAAGAGGAAGAUGAACAUGUGAAACAUUCCGGGAACAGCGAUUGCCUCUGACCUGUCUCCUAGACGAUAAACAGCUCCUGCUCCAUCCAGGCUGUCAUGUCAGCUUUUCUAAACACUCUUUCUUUCUUUUCUUUUUCUUUUCUUUCUUUUUUGUUAAAAGAUUGGAUUUGGAAAUCUUUUAUCUGACAAAUGCAGGUGUCUGGUCCCUCUCUUAUGUUCUGAAGUUCUCUUAAUAAAAAGAAGUCCUGGGAAUUUUCCUCGAA